GAUGAAUUCCAGAAUUUGGAGUUGGGGGACGGAUUAGAGCAUCAUGAACAGAUACAGUAAACAAAAAAGCGAGGGAGGAAAUUAAAGGAGAUGGAAAAAGCAGGGAAUCUUUUGCAAAGGGGAAUUCUGGGAUCACAAACUCGUACGAAGAAGAGACAUAGAGUGGGGGUUCUGUUUCAUCCAACCAAAAAGAUUUCUUUUCAGUUUCUCAAACUGCCGUCCUUCUCCGAUGGCUUCCCCACCUCUGUUCUGCUCUGCUCUGUUUCAAAUUUCUCUCUUUUUUCUUCCGUCUCUGAAGGGAUGAGUUUGUAUUUUUAUAUGUCUACCGUGUGUUCCUUCAUGUCAGCUUUCUCAAAAUUCCCUCACUUUCCACCAUUUCUCCUUCUCUAUUCAAAAACCCUCUUAAUUCUAGGCUAGGGUUUCGUUUUCCUUCAAAAUCCGAGAAAAAUCUGGCGGAAUUCCUACACCCGCUGCCGCUGCCCCCGUCUUAUCCUUUUCUGCAUUCCCGUGUUACGCAGCUUUCAAUUUUCACUGUUUCAUGCUUUCUCUCGGCGCAAGUUAGCGUUUUUCCCUUUCCUCUCCUCUGGUUUUUCCUUCUUUUUUUAAAGGGCAAACGCAGCACAGGGAAAGAAUUUCUCUUUUUUGAUUAAAGAAAAGAAAAGGGGCAAUUAGGGAAAGCUGGACGGAGACUUCCUGUGCCUUGUCGGGGUGGUUGCCCACAAAAAGGGUCACAGACUCACAGUAGAGAGAGUUUUCCUUUCUUGUAGAACCAAAUAGAGAGAGACACCAGCGGUGGAUUCAACCUCUCACAGAAGCUUCUCUUCUUCUUCUUUUACAGAUUUUUCCCAUGCUUUUUGUGUAUUCAUCUUGAUUUUCAAGCUCUUUCUGAUGUCUAUGCCGUUAGAACAUGAUUACAUAGGCUUAACAGAGUCUGUUCCCCCCCUGGAGAGCUCUGAAAAGUCCUCCGACAGACGGAACAAUGGUGGGUUGAACCUCAAGGCCACUGAGCUGAGGCUGGGCCUGCCCGGCUCGGAGUCACCGAGGAGGGACGAUGGGCUCGAGGACAAUAAUGGAUACCCUCUCAAGAGCUCUGUUUCCGGGGCCAAGAGGGGCUUCUCUGUUGCCAUUGAUAGAGCUUCUGCCAAGUGGGUUUUGCCUUCCUCUGCUGGAUCUGAAGCUGAUUCCAGCAAACCUGGGGGCCUCUUUUCUCCCAGAGUUAAUGAGAAUAAUAAAACUCAGCCAUCUUCUACGGCUGUCUCUGGUGUCAAAGAUGGUAUUUCUCCGUCGGCAAAGCCACUGCAUGAGGAGAAACCUCAGCUCUCUGCACCUGCUGCUAAGGCACAAGUUGUAGGAUGGCCACCCAUUCGUUCUUUCCGUAAGAAUUCAAUGGCAACACAGCCCCCCAAAACUACCGAAGAUGCAGACGGUAAGUUGGGAUCGGGUUGCCUUUAUGUCAAGGUAAGCAUGGAUGGCGCUCCGUACCUCAGGAAGGUUGAUCUGAAGACCUAUGGAAGCUAUGUGGAACUCUCAUCAGCCCUGGAGAAAAUGUUCAGCAGCUUCACACUUGGUCAUUGCGGCUCUAAUGGAGUUCCAAACCGGGAUGCGUUAAACGAGAGCCGAUUGAUGGAUCUGCUUCAUGGCUCUGAAUAUGUACUCACCUAUGAAGAUAAGGAUGGCGAUUGGAUGCUUGUUGGUGAUGUUCCAUGGGAGAUGUUCACUGAAUCAUGCACAAGGAUGAGGAUCAUGAAGAGUUCAGAGGCUAUUGGGUUAGCUCCAAGGGCCAUGGCGAAGUGCAAAAACCGUAACUAGCAAACGAUUUUGCUAUAUCGAUGCAUCAAUCGUGCACGUUACAGCAAAUGAUGUUCGAAGAUAAAUGUAUAAUCUGCCUGCUGGAAGCGUCAAUCGACCAAGAGAAUCUUUUCUGAAUAUUGUUGUUUGUGCAUGGGUUCUAAAUAUUGAAAGAGUUGAUGUAUCAAGAUAACUUCUUUGUUGGCAAAAACGAUUUUCGAUAGAACGAUUCGCAGUAUCUUAGUUUGCUCCUCCCUCCCCUCUUGUGAUGUUACUUUGAUUGUUGUUUGAUACACUUUACUUUGUAUUGUAAAUGGUUUGUUUGGUAUGGCAAUUGUAUCCUCAUCCUUCGUACCUGCCAGCUACAUCCUCCCCCUUUGUUUCUGGUUCUGGCAGUUGAAAACCUCCUAAAGAGAGUCAAUUUAUACUGUAAUUUCAAGUUUGUGUCGA